AUGUCUCCAGAGGAGUGUCUCUGCAGACGCAGCAACCUAGUUGCAACACUCACAACGCCAGCGGAAGGUAACUCUUCCUCAUCCAACUAUCCGAUCCCGUCAAAAGCCGGAAUUUACUCUGGGAAUGUCGUGAUCUUUCGAAAUGGCCCUAACAAUUAUGAAGCUUGGGAUGAAUACCAAACUGUUCCUGUCAUCUCAGUUUGUCCAGUCAAGCGGCCAAAAUUGGAUACUUCAGGGAAGAAAUACUCGUUCAAGCAAGAAAAGGAGGUCAUGCGAGACAAGAUCCGCACGGUACUCAGAAUCGCCAUCUACUACGGCUAUUGCAACCUCGUCAUCGGAACUUUUGGCCUUGGUCCUGGGUUUCGAAAUCCACCUGAAGAAGUCGCAUCAAUGUGGCGAGAUGCUUUCCUUAAAGAUCCCGAAUUCCGGAACCAUUUCCAAGAUGUCGUCUUCGCCUUCCAAAACCCAGAGGGUCCUAAUGCACCCAGCUCAAGCUCCUCCAAAUCCUCAUCUAAGUCUUCUAAGAGCUCAUCUGCUUCCAAAAGCACGGCGUCAUCUGAUUUGGAGAUUUUCAGGCAUGUAUUCAAGCCAGCCAAUAUCCAUGGAGCCUUCAAGUGA